AUGAAAGUUUUAAGUGGAAAUCAAAGAAAGGACAGGGACGAGCCACGAAGGCGAUGAUGGCUUCGAACUUGGUAAAGACAAUACACGAAACUGAUAGAGAGAAAGGGGCAAAUCGAAACUUAAGGAAAAAUGGAUCUUUACAAGGUACUGGGCGUGAAUCGGAGCGCCACCAAAGAUGAAAUCAAGGAAGCGUUUCGGAAACUGGCAGUGAAAUACCAUCCCGAUAAGCACUCCCAUUCGCCGAAACCCGUUCGAGAUUCCGCCACCCUCCGAUUCAAGCAAGUCUCCGAGGCUUACGAGGUCCUCAGCGACGAUCGGAAACGCGCUCACUACAAUCUUACUUCUUCCUCUUCCUCCGCUUCUUCUUCUUAUAAUUAUUAUCAGCGAUACGCAAACGCCAGCCGCCGCAGCGGCGAUGGCGGCUACGGUUUCUCUUCGGCCAAUUCUUAUAAAAAUAAUCGUCAAAAUUACGCGAGUAAUUUCUGGCAUGUUUCGCUACGAUUUUUCACUACGCGCGCCUUCCUUCUCAAUCUUGCCUUCGCUGGUGCUUUGUAUGGUGGAACCGUUGUAAUUGAUAACAGCAGAGAAGCACUGUGGAAAAUGCAUAAUUCUGGGAAAUCAUUUGAAGAAGCCAUGGAAUCAAUUGAGAAAGCCAAAGCACGUAGAGAUACAUAAGAAGACUAUUGCUUAAACUUUAUUCGGUCUCUGCUUGUUUGAUCAAUGGUGCCUUUUUCCUCAGCUUUGGGGAUCAAGAGUAUUGCUGUAUAGUUUCUCACUUCCUCUUAUUUUUUGUUGAUAUUUUAUUUUCCGUUUCUAUAGUUAUUUUAUAUUAUAGUUCUCAGUCUGUGAUAGUUAUAGUUAUUGUAUUACAAGGUCUAUUUGUCAAACCUGUAAACUUGUGGUUGUAUAUGUUAAAGCCACAACCAUGCCUAUGUUCCCUGUUCUAGAGAACAAGCUACUAGCAUUUUUAUUAUUAUAGAGAUGAAUGGUAGAAAUAGAAUAAUUGGAGUUGGGAUUGAA